UGAACAGCCACUUCAGUCUCACCGUAACUCUUGCCCCUGCAAAAACUGGGAGAAUGUUGUUACUGUGGGAUUGCAAUGCAGAGUCUGAAGACCUGAGCUACCUGAUGGAAGCAGGAGCCGAAGUAAACAUACCUGCUGAUACGGUGCGCCAGCAACCUGCUCACCUGGCUGCUUACGGAGGCCAUGCUUUCUUCCUCCUUUGGCAACAGCUGACAGGAGCCGAUCUGAACCACCAGGAUUGGCUUGGGGAAGCUCCAAUUCACAAAGCAGCUAAAGUUGGGAGUUUGGAGUGUCUCACCUUACUUGUUGCCAGUCAUGUCACCAUCGACUUAUGCAACAAGAAGGGACAAACUGCAGAAGACCUGGCGCUGGCUUUUGGAUUUUCGGAUUGUGCUCAGUUCCUCAUGACAAUGAGAGAAACUCAAAAUAGGAAAGCAAUCAAUCAAGUCAGCGAUUCCCUCAGUAACAGAAACGACCUGCUGAGAGAGGCUCCAACAAGGCAAAAACGAGCAAGUGAAAGCAGGGCAUCCAUAAGCAAGAAGACAAUGAGAUCAAACCAUACAGGGUUUAGCCAGCACUAAACAAUAAUAGAUUUCCUUUAAACAGGCAGCUACUCCAAAGUACAACUUUCAGUCAGUAGCUACUUCAAUCAGCAAAAAAUGUGUAGAUCAAUGUUUCCCUGUGUCCAAGUGUCAUAUCAGGGGUAUACAUCAAUUAAAAGUUACUAUUUCUAGACACAGCCUACUCAAAAGGGACUCCAUUCACAGCAGCAGGAAAAGUCCUUCUUAUACAUUCUGUUAGUUGUCUAGUAGCACCACCUUCGCUCCCUAAAUACAAUACCGAUUUAGCAGCGCUCUCUUCAAUGUGGAGAUGUUCCCCAUUCAAAGAAACGCAAGACAUGUAAGAUAAAGUGCGUCUGAGAACAGUGAGGACGCCUGUCUAAGAAUUAAGGAACAGAGCUAUUUCCAGAAGAUAUGAGGGUUCUCGUGCAUCCGCCUAAGCCAAAAGCACCUACUUUAUUAAAGUCAACCUUUACUGCAACCUUCCAUGACAACACAGAGCAAGAUCUUUUUUUUAAAAAAAACACAGAGGCACUGUUAAGCCAUAUGCAGGAACACUGUACUUGAUUGUACUCCACUCACUCCUACAUGGGUGAUCUACUCCAUUUUCCCAAAAGUUUUCCAUGAACAACCCCCAUAUUCAUUUGCUGCUGAAUGAACAGAGUAAGGGCAGGCAACCACCUCCUCAAAACCUGAUUUCCACUUCUGUGAUGCACCACGCUGCAACUGGGGUUCCAGUACCGGUCAAGUGUUAAUUCCGAUUCAUCCUGUGCACUGGAAAAGUAAACUUUUAACCGGCAUUUAAACAGAUGCAAUGUUUUUUCAUCAUGUGAAAGUGAAGAGAAAUAUGAACAGUGACCCCCGCAGAAAAGCACCAAGUCUAUGGAUGAAUGUUGAUCAAAACCAACUAUGUUGAACAAUUCCUUCUGAGAAGGAGAGUGGUUUGCUUCUUGAAGAAGAUACCUGUAUUCCUGUAUUUCUGUGCUAAAAACAUGCAAUAAACACUGUCGUGUAUUUUCUA